AUGGGGACGAUAAAGACGACUGUCCGGCCAUCGAUCAGUUCCACAUGGACUUCGUUCAAACGGAUGGUGUUGCAUCGCCGUAAACUCACUGCUUUGAUUUGUGUGUUGGUAGUCUUAAUUACACUGUAUACCGUAAAAAAUCAACACAUAACAAGUUUCAGUGAUCAUGCAGAUAAACCUGUUUUAUACAUACUCACUGCAACUUACCAAAGAAAUGUCCAAAGAGCAGAACUUACAAGAAUAUGUAACACUUUGCACAAUUUGAAAGAAAUUUUAUGGAUUCUUGUAGAGGACAGUGUGCAGCCUACACGAGUUGUUGCAAAUAUUCUAGAUAAUUGUGGAGUUCCUUUUGUGCACCUAAACAUACCAACACCUCACUCUGAAAAGCCUAAAUUGAAUGAACCGUACUGGUUUCGUCCCAAAGGCAUACAUCAACGAAAUCUUGGACUUCAGUGGUUGCGCCAAAAUCUUAUGUUGGGUAAAAACAAAGGUGUUUUAUAUAUCGCCGAUGAUGACAACUCGUAUGAUUUACGUAUAUUUGAAGAAAUGCGAGGUACAAGUAGAGUUUCAACGUGGCCAGUUGGAUUUGCAGGUGAACUUCCAUGGGAGGGUUGUGUGACAUCUACAAAUGGAACGUAUAUCACAAGGAUGUGGUCAGUGUAUAAACCUGAACGUCCUUUUCCAAUUGAUAUGGCUGGUUUUGCUGUUAAUGUUGAUCUUAUUCUCAAAAAUCCAAAUGCUGGUUUCGACUACAAACGUCCUCGUGGGAUGCAAGAAUCACAAUUCUUGUUGGAUCUUGGCAUAAAACAUUGGAGAGAGUUAGAACCACUGGCAGAUGGCUGCCAAAAAAUUUUAGUCUGGCAUACACGUACAGCAGAACCAGUCUUAACACUCUGGAAUAAACUAGAAUCUCAAGGAGUUAUGCCACCACCUAUCAGUGAUUGGCCAUAA